AUGCAUUUCUCCCCAUCAGUCACCCUGCCGUACCACCGGCUCACUUGUCUGAAGUCGGGAGGGGGCCUUGACCUUUUCAAGCGCGCCCGGGCUCUCCCAACCUCCCGAGUUCCCCUGACUCUGGGCGUGCCGGCUCCUAAUGCUGCUAAGCCCAUCACACAUGUCGGCGCCUCGUUCUCCGUCGAGUUGCAUAUGGUGCUACUGCUCCUCCAGGCGUGCCGUGUUUCUGCCUGGGAAGGCCUAUUCGAUCAAACGCGUGCUGCCAGCGUUGACUGGCAAACCCACCGACAUGAGCUCCAGGUCGCCCGAGAAACGCUAUUGCCCUCACGGUCGCAUCGCCGCAUUAGCCAAACGUGGGAAGUGCCGCGCGAAGAUGUGGCCCCGCUGUAUCUCGAAGCGGCUAACUUACGAGGCCGCUCGUUCUGUGAGCUAAUCAAUAAUUUGCUGGACGACCCGGAUGGCUUGCUCAUAGCGCACAUCCAUGCUAUCCUCGUAGCACGGGGCACAAACCGCACCUCGCUCAACAUCCUAGGGUGCCCGGGAUCUUCCAAAACGUUUUCACUCUUGCUCGCCAUCAUGUGCAUCGAUGCAGUCCUUGACUUUCCUGUGGUCUGGACGUCGCAGCAGCAUGCUGCUCUGAUCGCGGUUCUCAUGAUCUCGCACAAUGUCCUAGCGGAUGCCCCGCUGUGGCUACGGCGCAGGAUGGUCGUACGCCGUGUAUCGGGCAAGCAGGAACUCUCCUCGACCGUGCAUGACCACGUCCCGCUAGCCCAUGGGGCAGGCCAAAAGGGGCCGACGCCAGGCGGGUUGCUGGAGUCGUUCCUCGAAGCCAGAGGAGUGCCGAUGGAAGAGGACCCUCCGGGAGCUCAACAGCUGGGGCGAUAUAGUUCGGAGGUUCAUACCGCCCUAGUCCGCUGCCGGGCCCUCAUCAUUGACGAAGGGCAGCAGGAAGGACAUGCCGAGUCCGUUAACGUCACGGAGGCAGCAGAAGAGGCGACUAGCAGGCUCGUUCAUUCCACCCAGCUCGGCCCGUUACGGGUCAGCGCCGUCUCAUGCAUAUGGGAUGCCGUUCAGGGUGAUGUACAGAACGACUCCCAGGACAGUUCUGCUGAGAUAGAACUGCGCCCGGAAUGGGCACGCUGGCUCUUUCUUACACCCACGCCACCGGUACGGGGCUGCCUCUUGAGGGACGCCCCGGAGGCAGGCGGCUGUGAUGUGCAACUAGGCGACCGGUGCUGUUGGAUCCCAUACGCCGCCUUGCUACGAGUGCGCGGCCGGCCGUGCUUCUCGUGGCAAGGCCUCACGGAGGGCGAUAUCGCAGCGGCCAUCGCGCCCGCAGAGCACCUAGGGCCUAGCGGCACCCUCACCUAUAUGGCCAACUUAGCUGCCAUGGGGGCCCGGCUCAAAAUGGCCAAAAACACGUACCAGGCCGAGGGUCUUGAGGCGAUCAAUGGCGUGGCCUUCAAUCUGGGCCUCGUCAGCUCUGCUCGCUUGCUCACGGAAGUGUAUCUCUUCAUCACAUCGGUGCGAUAUCCGCAAGCGGUGCAGUGGACGCUUGAUGACCUCCGUGACCUACUCCUGGCGGUUCUGACGCACCUAUACAUCACCCAGGGACACCGCGUAAGAGCCGUAGGGGGUCAGCGUCUAGUCCUAGUCAACCCGUCUAAUCGCCUGCUCCACAAUUUUCAAACAUUUGUGGGUCUGAGCAAUGCUGGACUGACGGACGAGAAUGACGAGCUCCAUUCUAGCGACCGCAUACAGGGCAAACUGCUCGAGGACUGGGUCAGUGAACAGGACCCACACAUGCCGAGGCCGGCCGGCAUUACCAAUGCCCAGCAAGCCGGCAUAGUCCUGCGCUUUUUCGGGCGUCACCAUGCUGAGCUGGGGCCUUUCAUCGACCUAUAUUCCGCGACGGCGUGUGCGGGGUCUACCGGCUCGGUUCAUCUUUGCAUUGUGGACCGCACGGGAGAUUUCACGGAGAGUGGUGAAGCUGCCCACCAAAGACUCACCGCUGCCCUCACACGGGGUACGGGACCGCUUUUAGUUGUCUCACCGGCGCAUACGGAUCCCUGA